GAAUGGUACAUUCCGUCUAAACAACGCAAUCCUGCCACCCUGCUACUGCUAGUGCUAUCAAGGCGGCAACAACUCUCACCGAGCUGGGGAUGGUCAGCAUAAACAAGGCAGAUAUCGUUGAGCCCGCCGACGAAAUCGACCCUCCCAUGGAUCCCAGUCAUGCUCUUGCAGUGGACAAUUGCGUCGACGCGAAUCCAGCAAUGGAAAAAUCAAUUUCUCCUUCGCGGGUACCAAAGAGAAGUUUCCAACCGCCCACAAACGAGAGACAGGGGGCAGAGGCAGAGGAAAUUGAAAACCUCCAUGUUCAGAUCAGACCUCUCAAAUGUAAGUUGAACAAGGUACCGUAUUAUCGUUCUAUACGCGAUGAAAGGCAGCAGGUUGAGGUCUACCGCCGGCUCUCCCGGUACUACACCCAAGCCCAUGAGUUACCCUCGCCCGGAGAGGAACCAGAUAAUGCGCAACUGGGCAAGGAACUCGAGCGUUGUCUGGAUGCUUAUGAAAUAAAUUUCCUCCAGCGCGCCAAAGACAAUCCUGAAUGGUACUUCCAUCCUGAACAAUGCAAGCUUGCCGGCUUGGAAGACUACCAGCGGCUAGUGCUUCGUGAUCAUGGUAUGUAUGGAGAUUUGAAGCAAUACCACCUGUAUUAUCAUACCUACCAGGGAGAUGUAGAGUAUGUCCAGUUCCGUGAGCAGAUGGCGGAGCAAAUUAAGUGGAUUGACAACGAAGCAGCACUCUUCGGCGAUCAGCGGCUGAGAAACGAGCUAGAGGCUUUUCUUCAAACACUGAGGAUUGCGAUGAGGUUUCCAAAUAUUUCCGGACGCUCAAUUGUCUCUGCCUUACGUGAGCAUCUAUAUAGCCUUCGGUUUGACUUUAACCACCGGAAGGACUUGGAUGGUGUCUAUCUUGAGAUAUGGAAACGGGUUGCUAGGAAUAAGAUGAAUUUCGGUGAUGCUUUGAAGCAACUGUAUGAAGAGAACAUUUUCCCGUUCCGCAGACCUGACAUCAAAUUAGCACUCGAUAGCUAUCCAGGCCCCAGUUGGAUAAACUCUAGUUAUGAUACUUACGUGGCUGGCAUUGAUGAGGGGUUCUCGGAAGACGAAGCUCAUCCCUUGAUCAUAGAGGCCGUUGAGAAAAUGGUUGAGAAACGGAAGAACUAUUUGGAUUACACCAGAAAGAAAUUGGAAAUCGCAGCACGUAUUGGUUUGAAAACGAGCAGCUUAGAGGUCACUGCACAAGGCGGGGAAAACCAUGGUGAUGGGAAGGCUGCAAUAGUGAGCCGAGGGAAGCUAUGCCAUGAAUAAAGAAUGGCCUAUGUUGCUGGUGCCGAACCUGCUGAUUCCACCCUGUGCUCUGUCGCAUGAGCUCCUGGUCACUUUGUGAUGUCAUCAUCUCUAUCUAUGCGCUCCAUGUAUCCAGGGCACACACUUUGGAGCAGAUGUAUUCGUCUUUCCGCCGGUGAGUGCCAGAGUCCAAUUCACCUUGGCUCCUCUGGAGCAGAUUGACACUGCUAUAUUGCUAUGUUGCUAUGUUAUCACAAUAAUUCAUUUCCAAUAUGGCGAUCUUAUCACCAAGUACAGCAAACACCAUUGAAAUCUUAAGGUGUUUCUGUUUUCUAGGAAUAAGCACAUGUACGCCUCUAGCCACUCUCGCAGUCACACACAAACUGCUUCCUCUAUUCCAUGCGCAAGUUUACUGAUCAGUAAA